AGAUGAUUUCGAUUAGCGAUCGCGUUGUUUACGUCGGACGUGUGUGUUCCGUGUGUUCACGAGGACGUGCGAUACGGAUGCUCCGAUCGUAGGUUAUCAUGGGCGACGCGAAGCCGUACCCGGCGCAGGGAGACUACGACAGCUGCGAGAGCAUGAGCAGCGGUUCCCUGGAGUCGCCGUUCACCGAGGAGAUCGACCACAGGGAGAUCGAGCUGUUCGAGGUUGUCGGCAAGGGGACUUUCGGCCUGGUGCGGAAGGGCCGAUGGAGGGGCCAGGACGUGGCAGUCAAGUCCAUCGAGUCGGACCACGAGAAGAGGGCCUUCCUGGUCGAGGUGCGACAGCUUUCCAGGGUGGACCAUCCUAACAUUGUCAAACUCUACGGGGCCAGAGUGCGUCACCCUGUCUGCCUGGUGAUGGAGUAUGCUGAGGGGGGAUCCCUCUAUAAUGUGCUGCACACGAUGAAGGAGGUGCACUACACAGCUGCGCACGCCAUCAGCUGGAUGCUGCAGUGCGCCAAGGGAGUCGCCUACCUGCACAACAUGAAGCCCAAGGCCCUCGUCCACAGGGACCUCAAACCCCCCAACCUGCUGCUGGUCAACGGAGGCACCGUGCUCAAGAUCUGCGACUUUGGCACGGCCUGCGACGUCCAAACGCAGAUGACCAACAACAAGGGCAGCGCAGCCUGGAUGGCUCCGGAAGUCUUCGAGAGUUCCAACUACACGGAGAAGUGCGACGUGUUCAGCUGGGGCAUCAUCCUGUGGGAGGUGCUGACGCGGCGGAAGCCCUUUGAGGACUGUGGCCCCCCGGCCUUCUGCAUCAUGUGGGCAGUGCACCAGGGCAAGAGGCCCCCCAUGGUGAAAGGAUGUCCCCUCUGCCUGGAGAAGCUCAUGACCAGCUGCUGGUCCAAAGAGCCCUCGCUGCGCCCUCCCAUGGCACAGGUGGAGAGAAUCAUGGCCGACCUCUCGCAGUACUUCGAGGGUGCCGAUCAGCCCAUCUCCUACCCGGUGCCCCCCGAAGCAGAGGGUGGGGACACCGGCAGUUCGUCGGCGGGGCUCCAGUACGCCAUGUCCCCCACCUCGAGCUCCUGGGGCUCCCAGAGGCAGGCCACCUCCUUGGCCGCUCGCAUCCCAGAAGGCACGCCUCAGAGGCCCGAGGCAGUGCCGCAGGUGAGUGCGCCGGCGUCGCUGUCGUGCAGCGUGGAGGACCUCUCGCAGCCUUCCGAGGGGGCUCUGGAGAACGGCUGCCCCCCCAACACCCGGCCCAAGAGGACGUCGGCCGACUUUGCCCUGCUCUCCAGGAACCCCAAGGGGCAGCACCGGCGGACGGGGUCAAUGGGGUCGGCGCAGCAGGUGGUUGUGGCGUCCCCCCCCGCGGACCCCCCCCAGGCCCACGGGGGCGGCGGGGACGAGGUGGCGGCCCAACGACCCAAGGGCUGGCAACAGAGGGCCACGCCCCCCAAGGGGCCUGAGGGCCCCCGGAAGACCUCCUGGCCGUCAACGCCAGAAUGCCCCCAAGAGGUGGACUUGGGACUGAAUGCUCACCUGUUGAUUGAGCCAGCACUGCAGCCCCUGAGCCCGGCACCGAGCUGCCGCGAGUCGAUGCAGAUCUUCAACGACCACCGGCGCCUGGCCCAGUGGCACUUCAAGCUCCAGACGGAGAUCUGCCUGCUCAAGCAGCGCAGCAAGGAGCUGGACAAGGAGCUGAUGCUGCCAGAGCCGGAGACCCUGAUCACCUUCUACGACGAGAUGGAGCAGCUCGAGAAGGAGAAGGACGCCCUGCGCAUGCUGCGGGAGAGCCUCAAGGGCCAGCUUCAGCGGCUGAAGAGUCGACAGCAGAGCCAUCAGAGGGGGCCCGGCAGCGACAGCCAGGGCAGUGACGACUGGGUCCUUGUGCCCUUCCCCCGAUAGCGGUCGUCCGGCCAACCGACGCACUUCCCGGUCCGUGCACACGGGGCCACACUGGCCUCCCCCAGUGCUCCGGCGAAAGAGUUCCAUCUGGUUCGGUGGAGCAGACUGUGUGUGGCACUUUCCGCCGAUGGAGCUGCGCUAGAUGUGGCUCUUCCUCCCCCGCUUACGUGUCUUAGGCCGGUGUUAUCGAGCCGCCCGCCAGAUUUGGCGCGCUUUGGUUCGACUCUGAACGCGUCUAGUUGGGGUAGAAGAAGUUUGGGACCAUUUGAUUCUAUUCUAUCGCUGGAGCAAGUAAUCGUACGUACGAGGGGCUUUCGGGUAUUACCACAAAGCCUAAAAAGUGGGAGGUGUUUUUGUUAGCAUUCAGCUUGCUGUCAUACUGUAGAAUAUGCAGUGUCUGGUUCUCUCUUUCGCUGUACGUUUGCUUUUUUAGUAGCUUCCCAAGCAUGUGGCAUCAAGGUCGGGGAAAUAACUUGGACAAAACGAGGCUAUUGCCUUACUGGUUGUCAGUUUAUUAAAAAGAAGAGAAGCCGAUGAUGAUGGGUGCAAUAAGCGAAUAUUAUCUGAGAACUGCGCUUCCUAGUUGCACGUGCAAUUUCUGAAAAUUUUUAACGAUGUUCUUACGUUGCUUGCCAUAUAAUUGUACCUGAUGGAUGGGACAAAUCUUUAAAAUUACAUCCUGUUUAUUUGUAAUUUACUUCUAACACUUCUUUGGUGGCGUCGGUGCACCAUUCAUCUUAGGAAAGGUCAGAAAAUGGUGCUCCGGGAUGCUUCUGCACGGCUCCUAGCUUGUAAGGUGAACGACUCUUCAGUUAGCUGUGGUGGUCAAUAUACUAUAUUUUUUUAUGGCUUUAACUCAAACCUAUGCUGGAGUCAUAGUUCAAACCUUAAACAGAAGCCAACCUGUUGGAUGGCUUAAAGAGUGAUUCUGUUUGUUUUGUAAAUGGUGAUUCUCGCCCCUUUAUUUGCUUUCUCAGAGACAUUUUUUUUUCGAAGUGGCUCGACGUACAAGCUCUACCUUUUUGUCAAAUGCACGCUUUUGAUGUCUUUUUCAAGCGCAUUGUGUUCAUUGUUCAAACUGAGGUCCUCUACAAAUUAUGUUUACAACCUAAUUUUCAUGGAAUCCUGGUUUUUGCAAAUUUCACAAAUUUGAAAACAUAAAAAAAAAUAGGUCCUGCAAAUAUGGUCACAAUUGAAAUAUUCCUGAAAUUCGCACUGCCAAAUUGAUUAAAUAUUGAGCCCACGAAAUUAGUUAUUUAAAUUACAUGUACACCUUUCCUGUAUUACAACAGAAUUCUUGAUGUACAGAAAGCGGCCAUAAGGACCAGCACAUUUAACAGGCCUUGCAAAAUUUGAGCUCCAAUCGUACAUAUUACCUUAAAUUGGGCAUGUGAAUGUUGUUUUGCAAAAAGGUUUAUGGCUAUUUUUUUUUUAGAGUUUUGCUCCAUUUUUAAUUAUUCCUUACUUCCGAGUUGAGCUUUAAAAAAAAUAGACAAAACAUUUUUUUGAAAUGAUGCUUGCAUGCCCCAUUUUAUGUAUGUAGGUUUAGAAUUUGAAUUUUUUCAAGGUGUGCCAAAUGUGGUAGUCCUUAUGGCUGCUCCCUCUACAUAGCACAAAUGUUAGUUAAUGUACCUGUAUUUCAAUGCCGCUGUGCGGAAUUGACUAGAGUGAGGUCAAGCACUUUUUGUCCAACAAAUGCACUCCGAGAAAUUUGUUGACUGUGAAGGCCUUAUUCCUUUAGGUUUAUUUUGUGUGAGAACUUUUGUGGACAUUGAAUGAGAAGUGAAUAGGUAUCAUAUCUGUCAUUUGUUGUGCUUUUGAAGGGCUGUCUGUAGCUUGGAGCAGUUUUCAGCAUUUGCCGAGGCGAGUGAUGGGUCAGAAGAGAUGGCACUGUUCAUUCAGGGCAGGCAUGUUUCUGUGAAAUUCAUGUUCUUGCCUUGAUUUCAGCGUAUGCUGAUCCUUUGUGUAUAUAGCAAAUGUAGCAGUAUUAAAAAUAGUUAUACUAAGCUGAAA